ACCGACAACUGAGUUUUUACUCUCCAUUUUACUCAGAAGUUUGUCUUGUGAUGAACAGUGUAGAUUUAUCCCAGAUUGUAUGUUGAAGUGGAUUACACUUAAGAGACAAGACUGACUCAUGAUAUUGUACUGUCUUAGGAUAGGAACCGGUGUUCUCUCAGCCAUCCUUGAAGAUGUCAUGGUUCUCUGCAGUUACUGGAAAAGCUGAGGAUUUCCUCAACCGGCUGGAUAAGUCUGCUGCUGAUGUUUUGCAUAUUGAUGAAACUGAAAAAGUAACUCCUGCUCCUCUCAAGGAGCCUGUACUCACUGAGUCCAGCUUUGAGCCUGCUUUUGGCAAACCUCUAAGCCCUUCACAGAGUGUGCCUUCCAGGCUUCACAGUUACAAAGACGAAGUAGACAAGUCAUCAUCAUUUGUCAGUGCACCAAUCAGGAGCGUUGCAAAGGUACCUGCUCCAGUGCUGCCUGCUGCCUCGUCAUCGUCUCCACCCUCAGCUCCCACAACACAAACAUCCGGGAAAACUGUGAAAAAGAAAGACUCUGAUGAUGCUCUCUUUGAUUUUCUGAACAGCAAAGACGCAUCUGACAGCACCAAAAAGCGGCGUACACCCGUCAGCAGUCAGCAUCACUCUCGACAGUCCAGCACGUCCUCGAUCAUUUCAUCGAAAAGUGCAAAACCUGACAAUUUGAAUAUUUCAGCUGUUGCUACUGUUGUUGAACCAACUGUAGCCCCAAGCACCACCACAAAAGCUCCAACUGCUGCAGCAGAUACUGCGGAUGAAGAUGGCAAUGUUCAACGAGAUAGCCCCACCAACUCUCACACGUCUGCUGAUGUUGACGUGAUCGCUGAUGCCAUGAAAGAGAGCCCUGUGGCCAGUGACCAAAGUAACCCUGAAAGUGAUCAUGCUGAGGUACCCACAGAGCAGCGAGAUCGGCAGUUCUCAUCUCUGGAACUGGAAAACAGACUCCUCCGAAAUGAGGUGGCCUCCUUGAAUCAAGAGAUGGCAAGCGUGAUACAAAGGGCGAAGGAGGCAGAGACAGAGUUGUCAAGGUCAAAAGAAAAGCUUCACAGCCAGUCAAACUCUGCAGCAAUGCACGACCAGCUGGUGAGGGAACUGCAGGCUCGGGAGUCAGAUCUGACGGAGGCUCUCAAUGCUAAAGACUCGCAGCUGGCUGUUCUCAGGGUACGAUUGGAUGAGGCGGACAGAAAAGUUUCCUCUAGGGAACAGAAUCUCGAAGAAGUGAAACUUGAGAGAGAAAGAAUAUUGAGGGACCAUUCUGACUCCAGUGGGCUGCACGGCCAAGCUCUUGAUUCUAUGAAAGAAAAACUGGAAGAAGUAGAGGCAGCUUUGAGAAGAGAACAGCUAGCGUACAAGCAAGCUCAGCAAGAGGCUGGAGAACGGCAAAGUCGCCUAGAGCAGGAGCAACGGUCCAUGGCAGAAGCUGUGAAGACUGCGGAGAAAAGACUGUCGGAGGAGAAAGCCAAAAUUUCUGAGUUGUCCGGCCAGUUGAAAGCUGCCAAAACUACAGCGGACUCUUCGCGGAGAGAGUUAACUGAUUACAAGGACAAAGCAGCGCGCAUUCUGCAGUCCAAGGAAAAGCUUAUAGCCAGCCUGAGGGAUGGUGCAGGGCCUGUUGGGGAGUCGGGGGGUGUGUCUUCUCUUGAGCACGAGUCGAUGAGACAAGAGAGAGACAUGAUGAGGGAGGAGCUACAGCAGACCAAGCUGACGGUAGAGAAUCUGAGGAUGGAGCUACAGGAUGUGGAAAAUCAGCUGCAACAGGAUAGUGACACUUCACAAGAGACAAUCAGGUCUCUGGAGGACUCCCUGAGGGAUGAGAAAAGGAGAAGGGAGGACGCUGAGAAUGAGCUGCUGACUCAAAAACAGGAACUACAGUACUCAAUAGAGGAGCUGCAUAAACAGAAGACAGCAUUCCAGACUCGAAUCAACGAUCGGGAAUCAGAGAUUGAAAAACUGCGAAAUCAGUUGAUGACAAAAAGCAUGAGCAGCAGCACAGAAGGGGAGCUUGAGUCUCGUGUGCGCUCACUCACAGAAAGUCUCAUUCAGAAACAGACAGUGCUGGAGGCCUUGAGUACUGAGAAAAAUUCUCUUGUUCUUCAACUGGAGAGAAUGGAGCAACAGUUCAGGGACAUGGAAAGUGCUGCUCCACGCCCACCAGCUGGCACACAGAUGGUGGCAGUCAACGAUCAUGACGAUGACGUGAGACACCGCUUGCCUAUGUUCCUGAGAGAAGUACCAUCUGACCAUGAGAUGACGAGGAGGAUGAAGAGGGCAGCAAACUCCAUCGACGGCUUCAGCAUACGUCUUGGUGUCUUCCUCAGGAGAUAUCCCAUGGCCAGAGUGUUUGUGAUUCUUUAUAUGGCUCUGCUCCACGUGUGGGUUCUGAUUGUGAUGAUGACUUACCAGCCUGAGAUUCACGGCGCCGACAGCCAGCCCAAGCCCCCAAGUGACGACCCAUGAAAUGUGGCAAGAGAGAUGGCCUCGAGGAGGCAAGGAGGAAGGACUGUUCUUCUCUCUACUCUGUGCUUUCUGUUAGGGGAUCAAAAACUUGUUACAGUCUACAUGCACAUAGCGAAACAUGCACAUAGUGAACAUAUUUUGAGGUCCCAAAUUUUUUCUUAUACUCGUAUGUUCUUUGUAUGUAAAACAAGUACAUAGCCAAAUUUGUAUAUAAAGAAAAAAUUUCCACGCUCUUCUAAUUUUUCUACGUGCAUGAUAGACUGUAUUUUCUGGCGCAACUGUGUGUUGCGCUAAGAGUUCAAGACUUUUUUUCUUUUUUGUGCUGGAAAUUGUUUGAGGGUCACUGCAUACACAUUCUAUUUCUUUCUUCCUGAGAUUUUCUCUCUAGGACUAGGAGUCCUGUACAUGACUCCAUCAUUCUUUGUGGGCUGUGCUCGCAAAAUAUUGUCAGAGGUGUGGGUAAAGGGUACUGGGGUUCGGUUUUCUUUCAAAGUUUGGGCUUGAGGAAGGAAUUUUAGAGCUGAUGGGGGAAGGUAGGAUUUGAAAGUGGAGCUUUCUUAUUUAAUUUUCUUCUGAGGAUAUUGGUGUCAUGUUGUCUUCUGAGAUAUCAUGGAAAAGAAGGAUGGGUAGUAAAGGAAACAUUUGCGUGAUGACAGAGAAUUCCAGCACAUCCAAAACAUUAGUUUAGUUUUUAAUGAAUUGAUUUUAAAAUUUGGUUUUUCAGUGCUUUUUAGACUGAAGUUAGGUUUUCAUAAACCUUCUUUUCCAAGGCUUUAGUUUCUGCAGGCAUAGUUGGUAAACUUUUUUCCUCUCGUCUUUCAUGGGCCAAAUUCAAGAGAAAACCAAUUCUUCUAUGAUAUAGUUAGUAGGGAUAAAAUAGAUGGAGGUAUUUGCAUUCUUCAGAGAUGUAUAGGCCUUUUUUGAUUGAAGAGAGAUCGAAGUUCCUCAUUAGCUGUGACCUAAAAUGGAAUAAACUUUAGUAUGUAAAAAACUUGGAGGUCAUUUGAAAAAAAAAGGCAACUACCUUAAAGAGGGGCAACAAAGUAGGCCAAGUAUAUAUUGGUAAAUGCCUUUGUUUUGUGGUUUGAACUACCUAGGGUUGACUAUCCGUGGGUUGUUGCAUGUGUUUGCUGAAGUGAAGGAAAAGAAGCCCAGAAACAACAAAGGUCCCAUCAUCUACCGGCGCUUCAGGUGUACAAGAUCCAAGCCCAAAAUUUUGUAAUGCAUUUUUACUGCAGUGUCUUAAUCUGUGGUUUCAGUAGCACAUACUCAGUAAAUGUGUGGUUGAAAUUCAAAUUCUAAAAGAUGAAAAAAACCCAAUAAAGGUACGUAAUGUAGGUACAACUUUUAAAAGAACCGAAACUGUUUUUCUCUCUUGACACUUUUUACUUUCUGGACAGAACAGUUGAACAGCUUGCUGAUGACAUGCUGUAUGGGGACAAAGAGGGAACAUACAGGAUUGGUAGAACCUGAAUUAACAGAUGUACUUUUCAACUGUCUGCUGAAACUGUAGCAGUUGUGGUCUCAAGCCAGGCUUGUAUGUAUCAUACCUUUCUGGCUGCCAAGUUAGUCUCCGGACUCUUUUUAGCUCAAACAAUUGUAUCAUGCUUGGUCUUUGUGUAUGCUGCCCUUGUCUGAAUAUUUUACAAAGAGUUCAUGUUCUUGGGCUGUUGUAUUUUUGAGGAAUUGUGGCUCUCCACCUGCUUGGCACAGUCUUAGCAAAGAUGGAAGUAAAAUCCAUGGCCCUGCCUCCAACAGACUCUAGAACACUCAGGAAACAUUUUUGGAUUCCAGGGAAGCAUACACUGCAAGCAUCCAUCUAUAAGCACUCGAACACUAACGAAUUGACAAGAUAUUUCGCUAUCUAAGACCAGAUACUCCAUCCCACCUGGAUGAAGUGAGAAAAAAUUGUGUAAAGUGCCUUUCCCAAUACAACAUCGGGCUUUUGACUUGGUUUAAACCCACGACCUUUCAGCUGCAAGUCCAACUGCCUGACCACUAGACCACCGACGCCACUAAGUUCACCCAGGACAUACAAUUUGUCAAGAGAUUGCUCUUUGAGUCAUCACAGAAUAAAUUUUGUUGUUACCGACUGAAGUGAAUGCUGUGCCUGACUUUCCAUUAGAGCUCCCUUAUCAAUCUACACAUGUAUAAUAGAGAUGAGUACAUGGAGGCAGGUGAUGUGCGAGUAACUGCACUUGCGUAAAAAAAUGUCAUUUGUCACUGACAAAUGGUCAUUCCUUUGGGUAAGGGAUAGAGGAUGGCCACUUCAUGACUUUCAUUUUAUUAUUUGUGUAUAAUAUUGGCAGUCUCAGCUCUGGUGACAUUUGCUACUGUUAGCCUCUGCUACUAGGUCAAGAGUUGAAGCUAGGUUGGAUGGUAGUUAAAGGAUAGGGAGAUUUUGAAAUGUAGUAAAAAGAAUAAAAAGUUAGGUAUACCCGUUGGGUUUUGACAAACUUGAGGUGUACCGGUAUUCUAGAGUGUUAACUUAUUUUCUUCCACCUUUUGAAAAUUGAAUCUUCUUUUUUACUGCUACCUUUAUCUUUAAAACUAUGUGAACAAAAAAAUAACAGCUGGUUGUUUGUGGGAACUCUGUCAGGGUUUUCUACUUUUGUUGAUUUUUUCACUGCAAAAAUUGUCUUUGUUUAUUCUUGGCAAGAUGAGAUGGCAGUCUUGGUGACUGAACGACUGUUACAGCAUGUAGUUUCUUCCUCUCUUUGUGGGUCCCACCCGAAAUGGACUCGCAGGGUCAUUUUUGCAGUAAUGUAUUUCAGCCUUUUUCAGUGGAAUUGUAUAGAGAGAAUUGAUAGUGCGCAGUUGUUCAGUUGUAUUAAUUUUUUGCAGUUUAUUGAAAGUAGAAUGUACUUUAGUUAUAUUAAUAUACCAUUGUGGGAUUUCUAUCAAAAUCCAUACUAUGAAUAGUAUGAAUGUUGCAUGAUUUAGUAUGAAAGUUGGUGCAAAUGCCCUUAAUUUCACCAAGUUGUGAAUAAUCUUGCAUUCAGCUGGGCUGACUGUAGUGCCAGAUCACUGUACAAUUAUAACAUUCUGUACAUUUUUACCAUGUUACUGUGUUACUAAACUUGUGAUCAACUCUGUCAUCCCAUAUACAAAAUCUUUAACUGCUUGAGAGAUGAGAAAACUCAGCAGUUUGGUAAAAAUGCUGUGCUUGUUUUUUUUAUCAUCCUGAGAAUCGAACAUAUCGCUGUUCUGCAUGUAAUCCGUUUUAUAGAAGAAAAGCAGAAAUUCAGCCUUAGUUGUGUACAUUUAAAAAAAAAAGAAUUUGAGCUUCUUACAUAUGUAUUAUAUAUAUAUAUAUAUGAAGUAGAAAGUUCAGUAGGUAGUAUUAAGGGAGGAGGGAUAUUGUGGACCUUUUUUAUUCUUUUUCCUCGGUUUAUAUGGGAAGACCAGGGUCAUUUUUUGGAGGCUCUGACAUUUUGCAAAUUUCUGUUCAAAUUCAAAUCCUCAACAGGGCUUUCUUGAAUGUUGGUUAUUUUGGGAGUUUGAAGGCUCUCCACUCACUUGGGUGGGCACUAUCAGUGUCGGAGACAAACCAUAAAUGUAACAUUUGGUAGAGGUCCUACCUGAAGGCUUUUAAACCACACCAUACCUUGGAGGCUUGAUCCAUUCUGUUGAUCUAUGUUGUUUAAUUAUUUGGGGAGUGUCUCUAGAGGUCAUGGCCUCAAAUAAGACUCUGGAGCCAAAUCUGCAGUUGUAGAAAUGUGGAGCUCUUCAGUGUCUUCUUUCUUCUUGCGAUUGGUAUUCUCUUUGAAUUUUUUAACAACUGUUAUUAUCAUGUGGUAUGCCCUGGAUAUUUGAGCAUAGGAAUGUGUGAGAAAGAAAAGGCAAUUUGUUGUCUGAUAUUAUACUGUACAAAACAAAGCUUGUCAGGAGUACAUGUAACUGCUUGUUAGAAUGUUAGAAAAGAGAAUGACUUUUUGGGUGCUACGUUAUUAAUCAUUGUAUUGGAUUUGGAUAGCAAAGAUUGAUGUUGUGGUUGUAAUCUUGUAAGUUUGAGUUGGGAUGGAUGUUUUUUGUGAUGACUGUACACUGUGUAGUCAUUGUGUUUUGGACUUUGCUAUUUUGCCUUGUUGAGAGAACUGAAGAAAGACAAAAGAUACCUGGUAUGACCGACAUUUACUGUAUUCGUCAUUCACUGAACAAUGCCAUCACUUCACUGUGUACAUUCACAUUGAUGAUCUAUGUCAACAAAUUGAGGGGGAUGUCAUUAAAGUAUGGUGCAUAAAGCGGCCGUU